GCAAACUGGGCGUUGUGCAGCCAGUGAGAAGUAUUAAUACCUGGAUAUCGUAACUGUAAAACCAUGUAAUAUUACUAUACCUGUACUGAAACUCACAUGUAUCGCCUAGUCCAGAUUUGGGUCAGAGUGACUUCACAGCCCGAACAUUCGAACAUAAGCUCCGUUGUGCUGCUUUUAUCUUGCUUCUGAUUCCUGUUUUCAUCUUUCCUCCUCCUCUCCCCUCCCUCCCUCCCAAUCCAAUCUUCUAUCUCUAAUCCCCCCUUCUUUUCUGUCUCACGGCCCUCGUCGAGUUGCCUGCUUUGCCUCGACGUUGGAUGUGCUUCGACGUUUAGCAAGAUAGUUCAGUGUGCUUACAGAGCAAGCUGCCAUCAUGAUCACAACCCGGAUUGGCCGCCUAAGUGCGCUGGCCUCUAAAUCCCGCGCCAUUUUGGGCGCGCGGAGUAUGGCCACCGUCAACGAUUCUCCUCUUGACAAAAAGGUCGAGAUGUGCAAUCAUGAGAAGGGUAACUACAUCAACUACAAGAAAAUGGCAGAGAACCUCGACAUUGUUCGAAAACGCCUGAACCGCCCAUUAACAUAUGCUGAGAAGAUUAUGUACUCUCACCUUGACGACCCCCAUGGACAAGAAAUCCAGCGCGGCAAGUCUUACCUAAAACUGCGACCGGACCGUGUUGCCUGUCAGGAUGCCACUGCCCAGAUGGCUAUCUUGCAGUUCAUGUCCGCUGGCAUGCCUUCAGUUGCUACCCCUACAACUGUCCACUGCGACCACUUGAUUGAAGCUCAGCUUGGUGGCGAGAAGGAUCUUGCCAGAGCUAAUGAGAUCAACAAGGAGGUCUACGACUUCCUUGCAUCUUCUUGCGCAAAGUACAAUAUUGGAUUCUGGAAACCCGGAUCCGGUAUUAUCCAUCAAAUCCUUCUGGAAAACUACGCUUUCCCCGGAGGUCUGAUGAUCGGCACUGACUCCCAUACCCCCAACGGUGGUGGUCUUGGUAUGGCUGCCAUUGGUGUUGGAGGUGCUGACGCUGUCGAUGUUAUGGCCGGUCUUCCCUGGGAAUUGAAGGCCCCUAAUGUUAUCGGUGUCAGACUAACCGGUGAAUUGUCCGGAUGGACCGCUCCCAAAGAUAUCAUCCUGAAGGUCGCCGGUAUUCUCACUGUCAAAGGCGGCACUGGCGCUAUUAUCGAGUAUCACGGACCAGGCGUUGACUCUCUCUCUUGCACGGGCAUGGGCACCAUCUGUAACAUGGGUGCUGAAAUCGGUGCUACCACUUCCGUUUUCCCCUUCAACGACCGCAUGUAUGAUUACUUGAAGGCCACCAAACGCCAGCCUAUCGGCGACUUUGCGAGAUCCUAUGCUCACAGCCUCCGUGAGGAUGAGGGUGCUGAAUACGACCAAUUGAUCGAGAUCAACUUGUCUGAACUCGAGCCUCAUAUCAACGGCCCCUUCACCCCCGACUUGGCAACCCCUAUCUCCAAGUUUAAGGAUGCUGUCAAAGAGCACGGCUGGCCCGAAGAACUCAAAGUCGGUUUGAUCGGCUCCUGCACUAACUCCUCCUAUGAGGAUAUGUCUCGAGCUGCUUCCAUCGCGCGGGAUGCCCUGGACCAUGGUAUCAAGGCCAAGUCCCUCUUCACUGUUACUCCCGGUUCGGAACAGAUCCGUGCAACCAUUGAGCGUGACGGCCAGCUGCAGACCCUCGAGGAAUUCGGCGGUGUUAUCCUUGCCAAUGCCUGUGGCCCUUGCAUUGGACAGUGGGACCGUAGGGACGUUAAGAAGGGUGAGGCCAACUCUAUUGUCUCGUCCUACAACCGUAACUUCACUGGACGCAAUGAUGCCAACCCUGCCACCCAUGCUUUCGUCACUUCCCCGGACCUCGUUGUUGCCAUGACCAUUGCCGGAACCCUCAACUUCAACCCCUUGACCGAUACUCUCAAGGGCAAGGAUGGCAAGGAGUUCAAGCUUAAGGCACCAACUGGUGCUGGUCUCCCAUCUCGCGGAUAUGACCCUGGUCGCGACACAUAUCAAGCACCACCAAAGGAUCGAUCUGCCAUUUCCGUCGCUGUUUCCCCUACUAGCGACCGCCUCCAGAUCCUGGAAGCGUUCAAGCCAUGGAAUGGACAGGACGCUGUUGGAAUUCCCAUUCUGAUCAAAGCCCAAGGCAAAACCACCACUGACCACAUUUCCAUGGCCGGCCCCUGGUUGAAAUACCGUGGCCAUCUUGACAACAUCUCCAACAACAUGUUGAUUGGUGCUAUCAACGCUGAGAACGGAGAGGCCAACAAGGUCAAGAACUUCAAGACCGGCGAAUACGGCCCUGUCCCCGCCACUGCCCGUGACUACAAGGCUCAAGGAAUCCCGUGGGUUGUCAUCGGUGACUGGAACUACGGCGAGGGAAGCUCCCGAGAACACGCUGCUCUCGAGCCCAGACAUCUUGGAGGCCUCGCCAUCAUCACCCGAAGCUUCGCCCGUAUUCAUGAAACCAACUUGAAGAAGCAGGGUAUGCUUCCCCUCACCUUCUCCGACCCAGCCGAUUACGACAGGAUCAAGCCCGAUGACAUCGUUGACCUGAUGUGCACCGAGCUCGCUGUUGGCAAGCCCAUGACCCUCCGUGUCCACCCCAAGAACGGCAAGAGCUUCGACGUCUCACUAUCCCACACCUUCAACGAGUCCCAGAUCGAAUGGUUCAAGGAUGGAAGCGCCCUGAACACCAUGGCUAAGCAUCGUGCUUAGAAAGAUAAAUCCUUGGCUACAUUCAUUUCCGACUAUUCAUAAAAAAAUAUAAAUUGCAGGGCAUUUGAAGAAAAGUUGGGAGUGUAGGUAUUUACAGUGUCUUCGUCUCUUGUUUAUGUAUGAAUACGUCUCAUAUAUUUUGCUUUUGCUCUAUAUAUAACGCUUGAAAGGAACGGGUAAAAUCUUGGGCAGGGAAAGGUUUAGGUAGGGAGUAGUUGGCGUGGAGUAUAGGGCGAUGGAGUCUUACGAGCCUAGGGAGAAUAUAUAUUUCUAUAUUCGCGGGAGAAAAGCUGGGAACCUGGGCGAAAACGCUAUUGCAUUGUGGAGAAGAGGGCAGUAGAGUCAUCACCCAUCGACAUCGCACCACAAACCGCAACACGCUGGAUUCAAUUUUAAUGGGUCUAACCCUGGACGACCUACUCCCCCUCUCACGUUCCUACAUCGCAAACGCGUCAAAUAUUUUACAUGCACAAUGUGUCAGCGCAGGUCUGUCCAUCCAGAAUCUAUCUAAGCCAAACGAAAAGGCUAGGAGGGUUGAUCUGAACACAUCGCAAAUAUCGGAGUUGGGUCCGCGGUUGGGAACCAAAAAAAGAAACCGUUGAACCUGCCUCCCUAUCUUCAUAUUUUCGUUUUCAUGGUUUCUGCGUUUUCCCCUCCUCUCCUCGCAUUUCUUUUUUCAAACCUUUCCUCUUCCCCAACUCUCCCUCCUGUACUGUACCGAUCCAAAAUUUCGCCAACCUUCACGCGUUUGGGGUUAUUUUCUUUAUGUUUAUCCAUUUUUUUCACCCCUAGUUUAUCUUUAUGCACUAUUCCUCUACUUGUCUCAUUUUGUUUCUCAUUGGUUUGUCUCAAGAAAUGUGAUGAAAAUUAACUCAAAUUUUACUGUUCUUUCUCUUCUUCCUUUUUAUCUCUUUCGUUUCUUCUUGUCUAUGUUUACCGUGUUUCUCGUUUGUUUCUUCUUUAUAUAUAUAUAUAUACGUAACUACAGUACAUAUGUUAGUUAUAUGGAUUUCUUCCAUUAUAUAUAUGUUCUCUCCCAUAUAUAGUUUAUGUAUUUGCUUCCUUCCUACGUCCUCUACAUUUUCAUCGGGAAACAGUCGCAACGUCCAUCCACUGUCAAAACAUUCAAGAUUCUACGAAACAAAUGUAAAUCGAUCCUUGCACCUGCAGUCAUGUCUGAACGUUGGAAAAAAAGGGAAUUGCAGGAUACAGAAGAUCUUUAUAAAUCCAGGCAGGAAAUUUCAAACAACUAAAAUCC